ACUAACAUUUGCAAAAGAUAAUUUAUCGUUUUAACCAUUUAAACGAGUGGAUCGAAAUACUUGUUUGUAGCAAUUAAGUGGACUUGAUAAAUAAAUAGACCUUCGAUUAGAAAGCUUUUGGUAGCUGUUUCGAGUUUUUUCGUUUUAAUUGUGAUCAUCUCGUCUUUGAAUUUAAAUGUGAGUGUUGAUUAUUAUUUAUUGAUACGUUUUCCAUAAAUACAGUUGAUUACUUGGAUCAUCUUUCUGGCUCAUAUUCACCCACCGAGAUUAAAAGCUGAAAUCGAUUAGUCUUAAGAUCAAUUGAUUAGGAGAUUAAUCUUCAUGGCAGAAGUAGCAAGUAAUCAAUCAAUCGCCAAGUUGGACUGUGGUCACGAUCAAAGUGACGUUUUUUAUAUUCACAAAUGUUCGAAGACUUUUUGUGAUGAGUGCAUGCAAGAAAAUCGUUUAAGUGUCUUGUGGAACAUUGAACUCGUCGAAACUGAUUAUCUCAAAGUCAUUGACAAGAAAAGAUGCGAAGAUACUUCCAUUUGCAACAGAGAAGCAAUUUACCGUUGUUCGUGUGGGAACAAAGACUUUUGUGAGAUUCAUUUAAUCAAGUAUCAUGAUUUAGUUGUACACCAAAAAAUAUGUUUGGCUACAAUGCUCGAUUCGGACUCAAAUGCCGAACCAUGUUCCAAGUGUGAGUAUUUUAAGGCUAAAUUUAUGAACCAGACAACAAAUGAGUUUUUCUGUGCUCCAUGCAAAAAUGAUGAUAACUCCUCUAAUUUCGUGGAAAUUGAACAAGACAACAACAGAGAUAUUACCGAAAAUCUUAAAAUUUAUUGUGUUGAUGUGAAAAAACGAUUGGAUCUAUUGAACGAGAAACUAAAUGAAUAUACGAUUGAGAUAGAAAACGAAAAGGCCGAAUUCAAUAAAGGGAUCGGUCACAUGAGAAGUAAAUUAAAAUGUUACUUGAGUGCUAACACGGUCAAAAUAGAUUCUUUGCGAGCGGAAGUGGACAAAGUUAAAAAAUUUUCGAAUCUAUUAAAUCGAAAUGAUAAAUUUGGAAUAAUCAAUCUCAUAAAGUCGAAAAAGCUCAACUAUAAACUUGCGGACUCGAAAUUGAAGUUAUGGGUUGAAGAGAUAGCUCAAUCGUAUGUUAUUCCUGAACUAACCAAAUCGGGUGUAAAUUGGGCUAAAGAAUCUGAAAGAGCUUUUCAUGAGUUGGUUCCUGGUCCACGGAACUGGAAUCUUAAUCAUGGUCCUUUUUUUCCUGAUAAUUUACUUGAAUUAACCUACGACUUAAUCAAAGAUAUAGAUUCUCACAGAAAUAGCUGUAUAGAUGCAUCUUGUUAUUGUGAACAAAACAGUCUCAAGAAAAAAUUUCAUGGCCUCAAGACUAAAGGUAAACUCUCGCAAAAUAAUCUGGAUUAUCUUCUCGACUGUUGGUACAUUGAUGGUGGUUAUGUUACUUUAUUGACUGAAACUGGUAAACGAGUUCUUAAUCAGUCUGAUUUUCUCAUCGCACGAGUUUGUUUUGAAGAAGCUCAUCGAAUCAGUCCGACCAAUUGGAUUGUUCUUGACACCUUAAUGGGUCUUUAUUUCGUGCUCGAUGAUUACCGUAAUUGUCUUAAGCUCGCAAUCGAAGGUUUGACUGCAGACCGUAAUUACUUCAAGGCUCGUGUUUUAAUAUCAGAGAUUUUGAAAAUAAAACCAACUUUAAAACCAGAAAUACCUGUUGGUCUGGAUUAUCUACUCGAUUGUAGUUCCGCAAGUGUUAUGACAAGAAAAUCAAAAAUUUUGUACGAACUCAAGAAGACGAAACAUCUUUGUGAUGGACAAAAGAAAACUGAAUCGCAGCAAGAAAAUGUUCGAAAAUCUUUGCAAUUAGACCUCAAUACAGAAACACUUUCGUCGUUACAAUCUCUAAUUUCAGCUCUAAUAAUGGUUAGUAGUGAAAUAGAAAAACAGCAAUUGAAUUAUAGAACAGUAAUAACAUUGAAAAUCACCGACAAUCCUCUUUCUAAUCCUCUUGUGAGUAACGGAUCGAUUUCUUCCAAAGAAAACCAAAAUCAUAAACGAAAGAGCCAAGGUCAUGAUCCAUCAGCAAAACGAAGACCAGUUCAAGAUUCACAGUCCAUAGAUCUAACAGCCGAAAAUAUGUACAAAACGAUAUUCUCAAUGUUUCCCGAAAAUAUUUUAGCUCGUGAAAUAGUGCAAGAAGACGAGCUAGAGGCACAAACACAGAACGAAGCUCAAGUGGAACAUUUAAUUUUAACUCGUUACCGCUCGAAGCAAAUACCAUUUGACUCAAAAGGAAAACAAAUCUAUCGACUCAUCACUGAUCUUCUCUAUGAAAUAGCAAACGAAACCACUGCGAUCAAAUUACCUUCUAAUUUCAUGGAUCUGUACAGAAUUUAUCGAAAAUGGAAUAAGUUACCGACACCUUUAACAUGCUCUAUUGAGAAUAUAAGUGUUAACAAAACAAAAUUGAUUUUAAAAGCUAAUGAAGUUCAAUUCAAUCAAUCCGAAGCAAUAUUUCUAACUGAAUCAAUACCAUAUCUACGAGAUUUAUUCGAUACCAACGAUUAUGAUAAUUUUUUCGUCCGUCUUCUGAUUCUACGAGGAAUCAAAGAGUCCAAAGUUGAUUAUCUUCUAAAGGCUAAUCAAGUUUUCGAAAAGUCUAACCUCAAAUCAGUUCAAGCAGCAAAUCAAACCGUUUACACCUCAUUUUCCGUUAGAUCAAUUAUUAACAAAAUGAAUGAGAAUAAUUUGGACACUUUAUUGGACCAACAUAAACUCGAGGAAACUGUUGAGCUAUUGGCAUCUAAAUCUGAAUUUUCUGAACAAGAAGAAGAGUAUCUUUGUCAAGCUAUUCAAUCAUCAAAACGAUGGAAACGAGGGAUCGAAAUGAUCGCUCGAACUGAACAAUUAACUGAUCGACUGCUAAAGCUACUACUAUCCUGUCUAAAGAAUAGUGAUGGAACAUCUAUUGAUCGUGAAUUAGCGAUCAAGUUGUUAAAGUUGGGAACAAGAAACUACAAUGUAAUGGCCUGGAUUUGUAUUCUACAAACAUUUAUAAUCGAGAUGCGACUUGGUAACACGGACGGAAAAAAAAUUGCCGAUUUGAUUAACUUGGUUCAUGAUUAUCUUGGGAAUAAAGAAUCUUGUUGUGAUUCCAAUGGAGAGUUUUUAUCUCUGGCACUUGAUUAUCUAAUUUGUCAAUAUAGCAGAAACAAAGAGAAACUAAUUCUUAGCUGCCUUGGUUGUUUUUACAAACAAUUAAAAUGUAGCUUCCUGUCAGCUCAUCAAGGAGCGGGGGUUAGUCUACAUUGGAAGGACAUUCGUACUAUUUACAAUCACUUCAUUCCUAAAACUUUACCAACUUUUGAUAGUGAAACAAGUAAAUCGAUUAGUGCAAAUGUUGAGGAGUUGUUACGCAAUUUGCUUCCCUUGGUCCCUGAAAAUUUAAAUCCUGAAAGAUUUUCCAAUUCUUUCAAAGAAUUUAUCGAUCAUGGAAAAUCAAUUGAGCCUCCAUCAAUUAUUCCAAAAAAUCAUGUUACUCAAGAUCUUUACUAUUAUUUAGCUGAUUAUUACUUGAAAAACAAAGAGUUUAAAAAAGCCGUCCAAUUUUAUAUUCUUGAUCUAAUUUUGAAUCGGAACCGAUUUGAUUCAUGGGCUGGUUGUGCUCUCGCAAUAACAAGUCAAAUUGAUCAAUAUUCUUCGACUAAUGGUCGAGUUUUCUACUCAUCUACUCACCAAGUGUUACUUCUGGGGAAAAAAGCAUUUCGUUGUUUCAAUGAAGCGACUCGGCUGAAAGAGAGCGAAUCGAAGGUAUCGUUCGAAUAUGGAAAAUUCGCUUACAAUAUAGCGAGUUAUAUUUCUCGAGUCAUAAAAUUUGGACCAGUCUUGGAGAAUUCGCAAAAAGAAAAAAUGAAAGAAAAACGAAAGCGAUUUCUAGAGAAAGCUAAAGUUUGCUUCGAACGUGGCACUAACAACAACUUACCCGCUUCCGAUGAAAUCUAUUUUACUUAUUAUUUUCUAGGAAAAAUCGCUGAAAGAAGUAACAUCUUACAGGCACUUCGCUAUUACAAAUUAUCGAUGUCUCAUCCUUUCUCAAGUGAAGCGACUGCUGGAAUUGAUAAUGUCAAUUCAAUCAUUUUAAUUCAUCGUUUUGGGAUCGAAAUUAACUAUCGGAUUCACGCUUGUGUCCUUAAGCAUAUCCUCGAACAUGAAAAUCUAUCAACGCAAAUAUUAUCACAAAUUCUGGUGUUUUUAACUGGUGCUGAAGAAAGUACUUUCUUUGGUUCUUUACCAGAAAGUGAAGAAACCGCUGAAGAUGCCGAGAAUGUGGUGCUGGAAAGUGAAGCACAACUAUUGUAUGAAAAGAUUCGAAAAAUGUGUGUGGGUCAAAUGUCUAGAAUCUUACGACGUUAUCCUAACCAUUGCAAAUCCCUUUAUCGAAUUGCGCAUCAUUUUCUUAAAGAUCCUCUAUUCGCUCUAGAGAUACUCACCAAAUCAUUUCAAUCGACAACUCGUCCAGAAAGUUCCACUGCUUCUGGAACUGAGGGAAAUGCAUCAGCAAAUUUUUCAUCGAUUAGAGAUUUUUUCGAUCCAACUAAAUGUGAUUAUUUUAUAUUCCGUGGAAUCCAGAAGACAUCGAACAAUUUUAUCGAUAGACCAGGAAGUUUCUGUACUCACAUUCGUCGAUUGACAAAUUUAUUGAUUGAUGUGAUAAAGUUACGUGAUUCGAUAACUUCAGGUGGUACUAAACAAUUAUUGAACAUCGCAAUAUUUUUGGACUCAUCAGUGUGCAGUAACAAAGAAUAUCUUCCUGAAACCGAUCGGGAAAAUCUUGGGAAAAAAGCAUUGGAACAUUGUUUUAGUAUUUAUGAGAGUAAAAUUGUAGAGGCGACAGGGAAUCGAAACAAUUUAGAGAGAAUUGCAGCUGAAUUAAGGGGAAUAUGUAACGAAUUAAUGAAAUAUCCUAUCUAUGAACAAUCUACUAAACAAUUCCUCGAAAAACAUAGAAAUUUGCUGAAUGUAUUACAAUUUAUUAAUCACUAACUUUAAUGACGAAUAUCUCUCCUAACAAAGUUUCUUAAAUUCACGAAAAUCUUUUCCGAUUCUGAACGAAAAUAAAAUGUUACAAUUUAAACGAUACUACUAAUCCUUUUUUCAUUAAUACUCGUUUAUAACAAUUAAGUGAACAGAUCAACCUUCAAUUAGAGGGCUGAUUCAAGUUUAUUCGUUUUUAAUUGUAAUUAAUCUUUUGAAUGUUAAUUUUGGGCAUUUAUUGUGACACUUUCUCUAAAUACAGUUGAUUCCUUGUAUCUUCAUGGAAACUUUACUUUUUUGAUCUUACUAUUGUUAUCCCUUGACACUCAAUUCAAGCAUUUGAGCCUCUUUAUUUACGAGGAAUAAGUAAUCAAUCAACCAACAAGCUGGACUUUGGUCACAAUCAACGUAACGUAUUUAAUGGUCGUAAAUUUUUGAGGACUUUGUGAAAAGUGUAAACAAGAAAAUCACUCGUGUGUAAAAAAGUUUGUUUUGCAUUUCAAUGUUGGUAUUAAUAAUAAUAAUUGAUCUUUGGCCCUUUCAUUAUUUUUUGGCACAUUUUAAUUAUUAAUUAACAACAACAACAACAAUACGAACAAUAAACUUGCGGGCUCGAAAUUGAAGUUGUGGGUUAAGGAAAUCAUUGAAUCGUUCGUUAUUCCUGAAUCGACCAAAUCGGGUAUAAAUUGGAUUAACGAAUCUGAAAGAGCUUUUCGUGAGUUGAUUUCGGGGCCACGGAAUUGGAAGUAACUGAAAGAAAUAAUUUGAAUCAAUUUGUUUUUCGUUUGCUAAAAAUUUUAAUAUUCUUGUUUAAUCAAUUACAUGUUCUUCAAGUAUUAACAAACAUUAAACGUAAAAGAAGUAAAAAAAUUAGAAUUUAAAUUUUAAUUGAUCAUAAAGUUUGUCUCUAAAAUGAUCGAUCAACC